AUGUCAAAUCCUAUCGUGCCCACGACGACAAAGGACGACGUGUCUAUUGCCACGUCGCCGUAUGAUGAGAGCAAGAAGUCACUCGACGUUGCCCACCUCGAGUCUGCACCUCGGGCACACCAUCAUACCCUCGAGGAGAUCAAGGAGCUCGACGAGGCUGCUCUCGUACUCGAAGAAGCGGGACAUGUAGACUAUUCCAUCGCAGAGGAUAGGAGAGUCUUGCGCAAGAUCGAUCUCUGGGUUCUGACGCCGAUGCUCAUCGUCUACUUCCUUCAGCAGAUGGACAAGUCCUCCGUAUCCUACGCAUCCGUAUUCAACCUUCAAGCAGAGACCAACCUCGUAGGCACCCAAUACGCCUGGCUAACCUCGAUCGUCUACGUUGCGCAGCUCGUAUUCCAGCCUCUGUCGUCCUACGCCCUCGUCAAGUUCCCAGUCGGGAAAUGGGUUCUCUUCAACGUCUUCUGCUGGGGUGCCUGCGUAGCCUGCAUGGGAGCAGCGAAGGACUUUGGUGGCCUGCUCACAACGCGCUUCUUCCUAGGAGUCUUCGAAGCCACCGUUGCCCCUUCGUUCAUCGCAAUCACGCAAAUGUGGUGGCGGAGACGCGAGCAGACAUACCGCACCAUCUCCUGGAAUGCCUCGAACGGGUUCGCAAGCAUCUUCGGCCCACUCAUCGCCUUCGGCGUAGGGCACGUCAACAACCCCAACAUCCUCCCCUACCAAGGCAUCUUCAUCUUCCUCGGCUGUCUCACCGUCGCCCUCACCCCCGUCGUGGGCUAUAUGCUCCCCGACAACCCCACCACAGCCCGGUUCCUGAAAAACGGAAACGACAGGGUGAUCGCUAUCGAGCGCCUGCGAUCAGGGAACAUGGGCACGGAGAACAAGACCUGGAAGUGGCCGCAGUUCUGGGAAACGAUGCGGGACGUCAAGACGUGGCUCUGGGCUCUGCUGCUCUUCCUCGUCGCCUGCCCCAGCGGGGGGAUAUCCGCUUUCGGAGGUCUGAUCGUCCAAGGGUUUGGUUAUGAUAGCUUUACGACCAUCCUUUUCCAGAUGCCUUUCGGGGGGAUCACCGUGCUCUCCAUCGCUAUCACCUCCUGGGUGACGAACAAGAUCAAACUCCGUUUUCCGGUGAUAGCGUUCAUGAGCCUCUUCCCCAUCGCUGGGGCAGUAACGAUCCGCCAGCUACCUAGGGACAACAAAGGCGGGCUCCUAGCAGCAUACUACAUGGUCUCCUUCCUCGGGUGCCUCCAGCCCCUCCUCUAUUCCUGGUCAAACCUCAACGCCGCGGGUCACACGAAGAAAGUGACCAACACAGCAGUCCUCUUCAUCGCCCAGUGCGUGGGGAACAUCGUCGGUCCCCAAGUGUACAAAGCCGAGGAGAAACCGUACUACUAUACUGGGAUCGCAGUUGAUCUCGGGUGCUGGUGUGCACUCAUUUUCGCCAUCCUCGGUACGGCGGCAUACCUGCACUAUCUUAACAAGCAGCAGGAGAAACGCAGGCUUGCGGCAGGCAGACCGGGACAUGUGAUCGACACGUCUAUCAUGACGCUUGAGGAGGCGGAGAAGCACAGGCAGCACCAGCUCGCCACGGGCCAGAUCGAGCUCAACACCAACGAGCACGCGUUUGAGGAUUCUACGGAUUUCCAGAAUAUGGACUUUGUGUAUGUCCUGUAG